AUGGGUGGUGAAAAUUCUCAAAGUAUUUUAAAACAAAAAGAAGAAUUAGAGAAAGAAAUUUAUAAAUUAAAAAAUGAUAAUGCUAAAGAAAUUAAAACGUUAAAAGCCGAAAUUCAAGCGUUAGAAAGGAAAAAUGCUGAAUUGCAGAAAGAAGCUUCAAAAUAUCAAUCUGCUCUUGGAGCGGCAAUUGACUUGCAAUUAUCAGACAAUGAUGAGAAUAAUUUGGUUAACCUCAAAAACGAUAUUUUAAUUUUGCAAGAUUCUUUAGAAGAUUACGUUACCAAUUGCAAAGGUGAUAUUGAACUCGAUAUUCCCAAAAUACAAACACUAUUAAAGAAAUAUGGGAGUCAGACAGUCGUUGCAAAAGAUCAAAAACCUUUAAUCAAAGCGGUAUUACAGCGUCAUGUAAUGGAACAAAUUCUUAAUUAUGCUCAUAGUUAUAUUGAUAAUCCAAAAAGUCACCAAGGAAUGCUGUAUGGAAUCGAAACCAAACUGCAUCUUAGUACAAAAUUAUUGUUAGAUGUAGCGAGAGAUUUCGCAAAUAGACGUGUUGGUGAUGACGAUACAACCAAAUUACUUCAUAUUAAAUUACGUCAACAACUUUUUGGGGCUCUUGGUAAUAGAGGAUUCAAUGACAUGAUUAAUAACGAGAAGAAAAUCAAACGCCACGAAUUUAUUAUUCACUUUAAAGGCGUCUUAAACGAAGAAAUUGGAAGAUAUCGCAAGAUUAACGAUCCCCAUCAGAAAAACGAAGUUGAAGAAAUGGCUGCCGAAAUUAUUCGAAAAGUAGUAAAAUUAUUUUUUUUUAGAUUUCAAGUUCAAGAACCAGUGGCUAGACAUCACUGGUGUAAAUAUGGUAGCAAGAUAGAUGAUUUUAUGGAAGGAGUAUGGGAAGAAGAUGAAAUUAAUGAUUUGAUUGUAGAUGUUUGUUACUUUCCUUUAAUAGCACAACAAUUCGUAAGUAACGAUAAGUCAAAAUGUCAAAUUUUCACACCCGCUAAAGUUAUUACAAAACAUCGUUAA